CUGUCUGUUAAUGGUGAUUCUACUUGAAGAUGGUUCUGAGAAGAAGAAGAAGAAACGCAAGAGAAGACCAGAAACGAUGUUUCUUCCUGGAGAGAGAGUUGAGGUAAGGAGUCUGGAAGCUGGAUUCGAAGGGUCGUGGCACUCGGGAGUCGUCACUAAAAAGUCUGGCUUUUGCCGUUCCGUCGAGUAUGACUACAUGCUGGCGGACAAUUGCUCUGAAAAACUUAGCGAAGACAUUGAUUUUCCUUCUAAAAUGGGAAGUACCUGCCCCAAAAGAGUUACCCCAACCCAUAAACGUGGCCGGAUAAGACCAACACCUCCUCCAUUUCAAAUUACUAAAUGGAAGUUUCAUUAUGGACUCUGUGUUGAUGCGUUGCACAAUGAUGCUUGGUGGGAAGGUGUCGUCUUUGACCAUGAGGAUGGCGCGAGUGAGAGGUUGAUCUUGUUCCCUGACUUGGGUGAUGAAAUGCUUAUGGAGAUUAAUAAAUUGCGGAUUACCCAAGAUUGGGAUGAGGUGUCAGAAGAGUGGAAAUGUCGUGGGGACUGGUUAUUUUUUAAAAUGAUUGAGGAGCACGAAGAGAAAUAUCCUUUGCUUGUUUCAGUGAGGCAGCUAUGGUAUGAUGUGAGGACUAAGGAGGAAUUUCAGAAGACAGUAUCUGAGUGGACCUUUUGUGUGAAAUCAGCAUGGGUCCAUUUGGUGUUAGACACCAUUGUCGAAAACAUGGAGCUUACUUUGGACAAGGUUCUUGAUUUUACCAACCUGGAGGAAAGAUUGAAAUUGGCUGAGGUGCCUAAAAAAAGGAAGAUUACCUGGAAUUCUGACUUUUCUCUGCACAGAGUUGUUUCAGGAGCCCUGGAAGGGGAAGCUGAACCACCCUUAUCUUUACCUGAAUCUCCUGGAUUUUUUACUUUGAAGAGGAAAAACAAUGCUUCAGGAUUUUCUGGAUGUGAUGAUGGCUCGUCUACUGAGACUCUGCCUAAUAAUCCAUACUUAGCUAUCGUUGAAGCCAGUGAAGAAUAUAAUGUGGAUGCUGGAAAUUUUAUUCAUCAGAUGGAGGUUGAUAGUUUGGGUAUGGAUCUUUCUAUUGAUACGAAUGGGUCCUUCUGCAGAGAACAAAUAUCCGAGCAACCUCAAGCUUUAUCUAUUUUACCUUCUGAGCAGAAUGCAUUUGCUUUUAUGAGUUCCAAAGGAUCCACAAAUGAAUCAAGUCAAGAAAGCAAGGCUCAAGAGGGAGUUCUGUAUACUACCAAAGAUUGUGGAAGCAAAAAUGGUCCAUGCGGUAAUCCAAACUUUAAGCAUAAAUCUUUGAAAUUAAGAAGCAAAUCUCAUUGGUUACCUGUGGGCGAUAAAAUACUUAGUGGCGCCGAAUACCAUCCUGAUGCAAUUGAAGAAUAUUUAAGAAUGCCGGUGAACAGGAAGCCUUCUCCAGAUUUAGCAUCAAGAUUUAGGAAGCAUCUUUCAUAUCUAGGCUGGAGAGUUGAGUCUAAAACAGACUCCAAAAUGUGUAGAAAUACAAUCAGUUAUGUCUCACCUGGAGGACAGCGAUUUCCUUCUUUUCGGGCGGUCUGUAAGUUCUUGAUGGAAUCUGCAGAAGUUGUUCCAAUUCAAAACUCUCGAAAGAAUCAGCUAAGUUCGGUUGGUGUCACUGGUGGGUCGGUGGGUUUCAAGUCCCAACAGAUCUCUUUGCCAUGCAAGAGUUGCAGUUUUUCUUCUGAAGAAACUUCUAUGUUAGAUCUUUCUGCUAGAAGAACAGUUCCCAUGGACCUUAAGUUAAAUGUUCCAGUUUUUGAACCUGAAUACUGCCCUCAGGCUGUGAUAAGCUAUUCUAAGAUUUCACUUGCAGAGGAUGAGCAAAUAUUCCUUGGGAAUAUUGCUAUAACGAAAAAUGAUUUGCGCUUGAAAGCAAAGAGUCAUCUCUCUGCUAUUGGGUGGAAGUUGUAUUAUGUUCCCCGGAAAAGGAGUAAUGGGACAAAACGUGAGUUGCGCUACAAGUCACCCAAGGGAAAGUGCUAUUACUCUCUUCUAACAGCCUGUGUAGCAUGUGUGGAAGAAGGUGAGGUUAUUGAAAAUAUUUCUACAACUGAGCAGUUGAUGAAAAGCAUGGGUGCAAGUGGGAAUCCCAUGGGCUUCUUAGCUUUUGAGAAGUCCGACUUUGAGGAUAUUGUGCCACCUAAUGGACAGCUAGAGUGUUCUGGUUCAUUGCAGUCACAAAAUUUUGUUCAGUUUGGGAAAACACUGGACAGAGAUAUUACAAAUCACUUGAAGCCAAGAGAGAAUGGUUCGUUUCAUCUUGAAUCCGAUUUGUUUCUAAGUCAAUCAAAAGCUUGUUUUCAGGAUAGGCAAGAUAGAAAAGAUGGACAUGAGAUUGCUGUUUUAGGCAAAAGAAAACGGGACCACACUUUCUAUUCUCGGAAAUUGAAGAAAGGAAAUGCAUCUGUUAUAAUCAGACGAGGAAAUUACUUGGACAAUGGCUGUCCUACUCGUGUACUGCGAUCAAGUAAAAGGGCACGGCAGGUUCUGGUAAAGAGUCCCCUAUCCCACACCCCACUUACUGUCCUUUCUUGGUUGAUUGAUAAUGAUGUGGUAUUGCCAAGGGCUAAGGUACAGUACAUCUGCAGAAAGGACUCCCGUUCAAAGGCAGAAGGGCGAAUAACUCGUGAUGGUAUCAAAUGCAGUUGUUGCCAAAAGAUUUUCACUCUUAGUGGCUUUGAAACUCAUGUAGGCAGCACUUACGGCCAUCCAGCCACCAGUAUCUUUUUGGAAGAUGGAAGGUCUCUAUUAGAUUGCCAGACAGAAAUGUUAAAACGUAAUAAGAUGAAGAGCUUCUUACCAGAAUCACAUGAAAGAAUCAAAAGCAUUCGACCUUGCUAUGUGAAUGACAUUAUAUGCUCUGUCUGCCACUAUGGGGGUACAUUGAUAAUGUGUGAUCAAUGCCCAUCCUCAUUCCAUUUAGGUUGCCUCGGUUUAGAGGAUUUUCCGGAAGGAAAAUGGUACUGCCCAUCUUGUCGAUGUUGCAUAUGUGGGCAGAGUGAAUUUAAUGAAAAUGUUGAGCAAUUCACAGAGAAGACUGUUCUGUACUGUGAUCAAUGCGAGCGUGAAUAUCAUGUUGGUUGCUUGAAGAAAAGACAACGGGUUCAACUGCAAAGUUGUCCGAAAGGGAUUUGGUUUUGCAGUAAAAAAUGUGAAAAGAUAUUCGUGGGUCUUCAUAAGCUCUUAGGAAAAUCAGUUUCUUUGGGCAUAGAUAACUUAACUUGGACACUUCUGAAAGCUACUAAAGAUGAUAGUUGUAGUCUUAAUGCAUCCGAUGAGGAGGCAAUGAUUGAGUGUCACAGCAAGCUCAAUGUGGCACUUGCUGUAAUGCACGAGUGUUUCGAGCCUGUUAAAGAAAGUCGCAGCGAGAGAGAUCUUUUUGAAGAUGUUAUUUUCUGUAAAGGGUCGGAGCUGAACCGGCUGAAUUUUCGCGGAUUCUACACUGUGCUUUUAGGAAGGAAGGAUGAACUUAUUUCUGUGGCUACUCUUAGGGUCUAUGGUGAGAAGGUGGCAGAAGUACCCCUCGUUGGUACCCGUGUCCAGUACCGUCGGCUUGGGAUGUGUCGUCUCCUUAUGAAUGAACUCGAGAAGAAACUCAUGGAAUUAGGAGUUGAGAGGCUGCUUUUGCCAGCUGUUCCUCAAGUGUUGCAUGCAUGGACAACUUCCUUUGGUUUCUCCAAGAUGGCGGAUUCAGAGAGAUUGAAGUUCUUGGAGUACACUUUCCUGGAUUUUCCAGACACGGCAAUGUGCCAAAAAUUAUUGGUGGAAAAGCCUGCAGACAAAUUGGCUACAUCAACAGGGAACCAAAUCAGACUUGGCAGAAAGUUAAACCAAAGUGAUGAGAGCAUGAAAUUUGAUAGAUACAGCAUUGUUCCUGGAGCAAUUCAAGCAGAUAAAGUGGAGCAAAAGCAGGAUGUUGGUGCAGGCAACGACAUCGGCAAUGGCAACAAUGAGCGUGUCUUGAUCGAGACAUCCCCUAUCCCUUUGAUGACAGCAUCUAUUAAUCCUGAAUCUAAACAGUUCCACAGUGAGACCAGUAUUCCAUGCUUGGUAAAUAAAUUCAACAAUAGAAAAGAUGGAGGCCUUCAUAGUAGCUGCCUCAAAUAUUAUACACGGAAGAAGAUUUAGCCAGAGGAAGACAAUCUUUUUUACAUACACUAACAAUCUGUGGCUGAUGCCACUUCUAUGCUCUAACCAGUGCAAUUGGCUGAAGAAU